CUGGUCAAGACCCAAGAUCUGCAAUUACAACAUGUUGAAAACCUUGCUGAUGUGCUGGGCGAUGCUCCAGGGGAUCCAAGUGGCCCUAACGUCUGUCCAUGGCAGCGGGCAAAUGGACGAUAUCAACCCCUCCAUCAGCCUGGAGGGGAGGCAUGUCUACCCAGGCCUGCUGAGGAAAGUCGAGGACUCAGCUGCGUUAUUAAGAGCGGACUUUGACAGAAUGACUGCAGAUGCCGAAGAAGAGCUGCUCAUGGAAAAAGACAGAGUUCUUGAUCCCGAGGAGAUGUCUGAUGCACUGCAACUUCAGCGCAGAGCGCCCCGCUCCCACAGGGGUUGUGUCAUGAAUCGGAAGUCCUGUAUCGGGCAUCAGCCCUGCUGUGACCCAUGUGACACCUGCUACUGCCGUUUCUUCAAUGCCAACUGCUACUGCAGGAGAAUCAGCAACGCCUGUCCCCACGGCAGACACUGAGACGCACAGCCUCUCUUGCACUGUAAAUAUAAAA